AGUCGGAGAGCAUUUCCAGAAAUGGGAGUCCACGGUCUCUGGGAACUACUCGCCCCCGUCGGCCGCCGCGUCUCCGUCGAAACCCUAGCCGGACGAAGACUCGCCAUUGACGCGAGCAUAUGGAUGGUUCAGUUCAUGAAGGCAAUGCGCGACGAGAAAGGCGAGAUGGUCCGCAACGCGCAUUUGCUCGGCUUCUUUCGCCGGAUUUGCAAGCUGCUCUACCUCCGCACCAAGCCGGUGUUUGUUUUCGACGGCGGAACGCCCGCUCUCAAGCGCCGCACUGUGAUCGCGCGCCGGAGACAGCGUGAGAAUUCUCAGGCCAAGCUCCGUAAGACCGCCGAGAAAUUGCUCCUCAAUCAUCUUAAGUCGAUGAGGCUGAAAGAAUUGGCAGAGGAUAUUAAGAAUCAGAGGGAGACUCAAGAGAGUGAUACCAAGGGUAAGGGAGUAUCGGAUGAAGCUGGUGUUUUGGGGAGUAGUAUUUUAGAAGGAAAUGAUCCGGCGUUGAAGCGUUGCGACCAGGAAAAGCUGGAUGAAAUGUUGGCAGCAUCGAUUUUGGCAGAGGAAGAAGGGGGUUUAACGAAUUGUUUGUCUAGUACUUCUGCUGCUGUUCCUUGUGAGGAGGAUGGCGAUGAAGAUGAAGAGUUGAUACUCCCAGAGAUGCAUGGUGAUGUAGAUCCAGCUGUGUUGGCUGCGUUGCCUCCAUCAAUGCAGAUUGGACUUCGUUUGCAGACAAAUAAGCAGGCGAAUGAUGCUAAGGGUAAGAGGAUUAUGUCAGACCCCACUGAGGUAGUAGGAAUCAAUUCAGGAAAACCUGAUGCAGUAUUGAGUAAUGUUGAUCAAGAAAAGCUAGACGAAAUGAUUGCAGCAUCUAUUGCAGCAGAGGUAGAUGCGAGUGUAACUAAUAAUGCAUCAAUAUCAACUACCUCUAUUCUUGUUGAUGAGGAUGUGAUUGAAGAGGAAGAUGAUGAAGAUGAAGAGAUGAUACUGCCAGCAAUGCAUGGUGAUGUUGAUCCAGCUGUAUUAGCAGCAUUGCCCCCAUCAAUGCAACUUGAUCUUCUUGUUCAAAUAAGAGAGAGAUUGAUGGCAGAAAACAGACAAAAGUAUCAGAAGGUCAAAAAGGAUCCUGGAAAGUUCUCCGAGCUACAAAUACAAUCCUAUCUUAAAACUGUUGCUUUCCGUCGGGAGAUAGAUCAUGUGCAGAAAGCUGCUUCUGGAAGGGGUUUCAGUGGUGUCCAGACUUCACGGAUAGCCUCUGAAAGCCACAGAGAAUUUAUCUUCUCAUCAUCAUUUACUGGUGAUAAACAAGUACUUACUGCUGCAAGAGCUGAGAGAAGUGGUUACAAGGAACAAGCACUGAAAGAGCACUUUUCUAAUGUGAAGAAUAGUACUCCGUCUACCGAUAAUGCAACUGCAUCAAACCCUGAAGAAUCUCAAAGGGUUUUUGAUGGCAACAUUGAGACUUAUUUGGACGAAAGGGGCAAUGUUAGAGUCAGUAGAGUAAGAGCUAUGGGGAUCCGUAUGACCCGUGAUCUGCAAAGGAACUUGGAUCUGAUGAAAGAGAUGGAACAGGAAGAAACCAAUGCAAACAAGAUAACCAAUGGUGGGAAUAUGCUAACUAAGAAUAACACUAGCAGCAUUUUGAGAAUGACCCAUAGUAAUGAAACAGAUAGAGAAACAUCACGUUAUGAUAAUGGGAAUUCUGAUAACAUUGGUGGGCCAAAAAAUCAUCCUGGUCAAAACAAGGUUGCUGAAUCCUUACUCGGGGAUAAGAUCUUGGUUGAGAGAAAUGAUCAGCACGUUUCAAAAUUCGGCACUCCUAUAGAGAUAUCCAUUGAAGAUGAUGGUGAUGCAAAGCAUUUUGAUUCUGAGGAUGAUUUAUUUGCUCGUUUAGUAGCAGGUAAUCCUGUAACUAUUUCUACAGCUGAUGAUACUCUAGAAAAACAAAUUUCUGGUUCCGAUUUAGACUCUGACUGGGAGGAGGGGACUGUAAAAAGUAGUAGUUUUCCUGUUAAUACUGAAUUGAAUAGUGAUCCCCCUUAUUUGAAAGCCAACAAUAGUGAUGACAGUGAAGUGGAAUGGGAGGAAGGAUUUUCUGGACUUGCUGAAAAUACCUCAUCUUACCUCGGCAAAGAAACAACAUCUAAAGGUUAUAAGGAAGAAGAAGCUGAUUUGCAGGAAGCAAUAAGGAGGAGUCUUGAGGAUAUAGGGGAUGAGAAGUGUGGUGCAUCAUUGGAAGAUGAAAAGUUGAAAUCUUAUUUACAAGAGGCUCAUAAAGCUACAGGAAAUAUUGAUAGAGAAACAAAGAUGGUUGACCCACAGUUCAGCAGCCAACAAACUGAAUCAGUUGUUGAGGAUAUAGGGGAUGAGAAUUGUGGUGCAUCAUUGGAAGAUGAAAAGUUGAAAUCUCAUUUACAAGAGGCUCAUAAAGCUACAGGAAAUAUUGAUAGAGAAAUAAAGAUGGUUGACCCACAGUUCAGCAGCCAACAAAAUGAAUCAGUUGUUGAUGGAAUUGCAAAGCCAAACAGUGUAAGAUACUUGGGCUCUUCUUCAGAACAAGUAAUGCGAGAUGCAAGUUUAAGGGACAAUUUAGAAGGAGAAAUGCACUCGGCAAUAUCUGUUACUCCUUCUGGCACAACUGAGGUUCAUGCAAUGAGGGAACAAGUCUUGGGUACUUUAAAUGAAAGUGGUGGCUUAUCAUCUGUUCCUAAUGUGUGUGGAAAUACUAAUGCUGAUACUAUUAAUGAUGUUACGGAUGGGGUUGAUGCCCAGAAGGAUGAUGCUGAAACAGAAUCAUCAUGUCAUUUGGUUGUAAUGGCAAUCCCUUCUUCCAUAAGAGAGACAUCAGCAAACAAGAUGACAGAAAAAUUUGAUAGUUAUAAGAAACAGAUUAGGGAAACGAGUCAUGACAAUAUUUCUCAGGAAAUUGGUCACAAUCUGGACAAAUCCCCUGUUAAGGAAAUUGAUAAUGCGGAUAUUGAAGUCACUGAAGCUAAUUUGGAGGAGGAAAUGCUAAUCUUAGACCAAGAAUGUAUGAAUCUGGGAGAUGAGCGGAGACGGCUUGAACGUAAUGUAGAAUCUGUAAGCAGUGAGAUGUUCACUGAAUGUCAGGAGCUGUUGCAGAUGUUCGGUAUACCCUACAUUAUUGCACCAAUGGAAGCAGAAGCCCAGUGUGCAUAUUUGGAACUGGCGAAUCUUGUUGAUGGUGUUGUGACCGAUGACUCUGACGUAUUCUUGUUUGGAGCACGAAGUGUUUACAAAAAUAUUUUUGAUGAUCGAAAAUAUGUUGAGACAUAUUUUAUGAAGGACAUUGAGAGUGAGCUUGGCCUAACCAGGGAGAAGUUAAUUCGUAUGGCACUUCUUCUUGGUAGUGAUUAUACUGAAGGGGUUAGCGGAAUUGGCAUUGUCAAUGCUAUUGAGGUUGUAAAUGCAUUUCCGGAGGAGGAUGGCCUCCAUAAAUUUCGAAAUUGGAUUGAAUCACCAGAUCCUACCAUCCUUGGUAAGUUGGAUGUUGAGUCUGGAUCAAGUACAACGAAAAGAGGGUCAACCCUCGGGAAGAAUGAUACAAAUUCAAAGAGUCAUAUGGAUGAGAAAAGCAAUUGUCAAGAUCAAGAACACAAGCAGUCAGAUGAUCCGACUGAGGGUGUAAAGCAAAUUUUUAUGAACACGCAUAGAAAAGUGAGCAAAAAUUGGCAUAUUCCGAUAUCUUUCCCGAGUGAAGCAGUUACUUCUGCCUAUACCUGUCCACAAGUGGACAAGUCGACUGAGCCUUUCACAUGGGGAAAGCCAGAUCAUUUGGUUCUUCGCAAAUUAUGCUGGGAAAAGUUUGGUUGGGUUAGCCAGAGGUCAGAUGAACUGCUAAUCCCUGUUCUGAAAGAGUACAACAAACAUGAGACUCAACUGCGGCUGGAAGCUUUUUACACGUUCAAUGAAAGAUUUGCAAAAAUUCGUAGCAAGAGGAUUAAGAAAGCUGUCAAAGGUAUCACCGGGGAUCAACCUUCGGAAUUGAUGAAUGUCGCUGCAGAAGAAGGCUCUAAUACUAGAAAGAAGCAAAGUAUAAGUACUGAUGAAGUUGGGAUUAACAAUUCAGAUAACUAUGUAGUCAGAACUGAGAAAAGCACAGUUAGAAGUCAGAGUAAUUCUAAGGGGAAAUCAAAUCGUAAGCAGUCAGGUAAAAGGAAAACUUCUGAGGAUGGACAAACCAAUAGAAAAUCAGAUGCAAAUGGAAGAGGAAGCCGACGAGGAAGAGGCACUAGUAGGGUACCUAGAAGAGGGAAUAGAAAAGUAGGUACCAGCUCUCCAGAAUCUCAAAGCACCUCUAAUGAUUGUGAAGAAGCUGAUGAGUUGGAAAAUCAUAAGGCGACAUUUAAAAGCUCAGAGGAAAUGCGCAGGUCUGGGCGGUUACGGAAGCCUGUGAAUUACAGAGUCAAUGACAUGGACAUAGAUGACCUGGAUCUCACUGACAGCAGUGCCUCCCACAUGGAGGCUGGGAAACAAGUUCUAUCCAAGGCCGACGGCAGAUGUGAUGAAGUUGUUUCAGGUGUCAAUGAAUCGAUACAGAAUAGUGCAGGGAAGUCGUCUCCAAAGGAGAACCAGAGUAAAGAUUACCUUGAAGUAGGCGGUGGGUUCUGUCUCUCUGAAGAUGAAACUUAUGAACCAGGUUUGAGCAAUGUUGAUCGAUAUUUUCAGGCUGAUGUUUCUGAAAACAACACUGAAAUGGUAGGGCAAAUUGGUGAGGAUGAAAAUGAGAUUGGUACUAACCGAGAUGGAAUUCAUGAUCGAGCUACAGCUGCUACUCUAUUGAGAAAUGGUGACCUUUCUGAUAACUCUGGCUUCCUCAAUGAAGCUGAUAUCAGUCAUGUGCCAGUUCAAUAUAAUCUUCCCACAAAAAGACCGUUAGUAGGAUUACCAGGCAGUAGGACAUCUGCAUGUGAUUCAGAACAGAGCGUAAAUCAUUAUAUUGGUAGUGAUCAUUCCACCUCCGUUGCGUCUCUGCAGGAGGAUACAGUAGAUUAUUCUGGACAGCCACCUAUCAGAGCUCUGAGUGCGAUGCCAUUUCUAAAGAAAAAGAGGAAGCGUUGAGGUCGCAUAUCUGGUAAAUGUAAAUUAUUUCACGUAUUCUUUGGGUUUGGAGAAAAUUUUCCUGGUGUAUAUAGAAUGGGUUGCUCAUGUUUGGUGAGGAUAUUACUUUCCAUUUAUCUCCGUCCAUAGUGGCCAGUUGGCUAGCGGCUGCAGUUCUCUGAGUCUACUAUGUUUAUUUUUCUUGUAGGUACAUAAAAUGCUUGUAUGCUAUUAAUUUCGAUUUGAGUUUUAGUAGUCUUUAAUAGCAGACCUCCAAGCACUCUGGCCCCAUUGACAAUGGUCAAUUUCAGUGUAUGGUUUUCUGCUUGUAUUGUCGAGUGGCGAGCUAGAUAGAAUUGACUAAGGA